AUGUCAGACUCUGAGGGUGAAAUGACCACGCGAACGGAUAAUAUGUCGACAGACGAGCAGCCACACGACGAUUUCGAUUUUGAGCGAAUUUACAGCGAAUGUAAAGAUACUGUGGGUUAAAAAUCACUGAAAACCCCUGAAAAAAUUCUCUAAAAAUUCCAGAAAAUCGAUAUGAACAUGUUGCUCGCGAAAGCAAAGGAAUUUCAUCACGCUCAUCGCCAUUUGAUCUCCCAAUUCGUGAUUGAGCCGAGUAUGAGCAUCGUAAAGAUGAAUUUCAUCUUUGCCAAAUAUUUCAUCUGUGUUCUGCUGAAUGGUACGAAAUUUCGGAAUUCAGAAAGAUUGUAUUGAAUAUUUGUUGUAUUUUUUCCUUUCCAGACCGCUUAGAAACCGUGAUAAACCUCGAUUGGUGCAUGAGAACCCAGAAAGCGCUCGCGAAGUGUCUUGUGAAGACGAUGAAUAAGGAAAAGGGAAGAGGAGGGGUGAGGAGCAAAAAAACGUGUCAAUUAAUCUUUCGAUUAUUUCCAGAGAAGAGGCUGCUUCCGUCCGUGGCGUUUUGUGAUCUCGAACGAUGAGAAAGACCUGAUUGACAUGGUCACAAUGACCGGAACCAUCCAGAAUUCGUCUGUCAUCAGCGAGAGCAACGAUAUGACGUUGGCGGAGUCUUAAAAACAUUUAUUGAAAUGGAUUUUUCAGAAAAGCCGACCGAGCCCUUCUUCUGCUCACUUUGGAGGAAAUGAUCAAAAACGAGGGAUGCGUGCGGCUCAGUUGGAUUCAGGAUCAGGCCAUGAAGGUUCUAAAAUGAUUUCUAAAAGAGUUCUGUAUAUUAAUAAGAACGGUUUUCAGGAUCCGUGCAAGAUGAAGGGCGUCGAGUGCGAUGCGUUCAUUUCGAGAAUGGCCAAACAAAAAUAUUUGGCCAUGGUUAGUAAUUUUUAGCGGGAAAUCAAGACUUGGCAAUUGGCCGGCCCAUGGCCUGGACUUUUGAACCACUUGCAAUAAUGCGAGCGGGCCCAAACUUUGCAGACUUUUCGGACAUGGAUUCAAGUAUAUUGGGUCCGAGUUUCAGACCGAUCCGAUCAUCCGGUCCCUAGAUAUGAGGAUCAUUGGCCGAAAGCCGGGGCCUUUCUGCCAAAAUCGGCCAAUGAUCCACAUAUCUCGGGACCAGAUGAUCGGAUCGGUCUGAAACUCGGAUCCAGUACACUUUAACCCAAGUCCAAAAAGUCUGCAGAGUUUGGGCCUGAUCGGAAUAUUGCAAGUGGGCCAAGGGGUCCGUCCAUCCCUGGAAUUUGAUAAAAACGCGAAAAACAUUUUAGGAUUCCGACUCGAAUUUGGUGGAAAUCACUCCGAGAAUAAUGGUCGAACUGGAGCCGUGGAUACGCGCGAAAUUUGUGGGACAACUGAAAUUUUGCGAUCUUUGCAGAAAAAUCAUCUGCAGGUAUUCGUAAAACUGUUUAGCUUGUUAAUUUUUUUUCAAAUUUCAGACCAAUUUACACUGCGGAAUGCCCGAAAUGUCAAACUCUGUCGCAUUACAACUGUUUCAUAGAGUAGGCAUUAAAAAAAUAGUUUGCUUUGAAUGAAAUCAUUUUCAGUGCCACCAAUAUUUUGGGAACGCACAGUAUCGAGUGCAAUAAGUGCAAAACGAAGAACACCUUGGCUGAGGUUCUUUUUUAAUGUAAAAAAUUGAAAAAGUCAAAUUUUCCAGGUUCGAGAACAGGUCAAAAAGCGAGAAUCGGCUCCGGCUCGUCGAAUUUCGACGCCGAGACUCACGGAACCCGAUAAUAGCGAUGAAGAAGAAGAAAAGGAUGAAGAAGAGGACAAAAAACCGGAAAUUGCUGAAAUCGCACCGAAAACCGCGAAAAAAUCGACGAGAAAACGCAAAUCGACGAGAAAAGUAAUUGCAGAAUCGAGCGACGAUUCUGACGAAUAA